AUGGUCUACAUCACCUCUGACUUGUUCGGUCCCAAUACACCGCACGAGCGCCAAUACGACACCACCACCAGCUACUGGCAUACCAUGGGCCACGAUCAACACGCCGCCGGCCUGGGCAAGAGAAAGAGAAUGGCUGGCGACGACGGACCCCAACCCGUAUCACGUCAACACCGCUCAUCACCCAGUCGCGACUCCAACCGCCUCCAUCUCCACAAUACCCCGCCUUUCGAGAGCAACAACAACAACCUGCCAUACGCCCUCUUCCCCUCAAAGCCACACGAAUACACAUCAGAACGCCGGCCGGUCAAGCAACUCAAACGCCUCAGUCCGAAAGCGUCACUCGUCAAGUCAACAUCACACCUAAUGGACGUCGACUUGGACGCCCCAUCACCCUGCCAAACCCAACCACACGCCGUUUCCGACCUGCGAUCCUGUCACGCCUGCAACAAAGCGCCCAAGCGACGGAAAGACCUGGAAAACUACCUCGAUUGCACGAGAUGCGAAGGCCGGACCUGUUUCAUCUGUGCGAGGCAAUGUGUAGGCUGCAGCAAGGCGACGUGCAAGAAGUGCAUAGUAGAAGUCGGAGAAGAGGGGGACGCAUGGUGUCUCGACUGUUAUUCACGGAACCUCAACUCGUGA